GUGAUAGUUUUAAGAGUGCCUUGUUAAAAAAAAACCCAGUAUCGCUACAGGAAAUGAAUGUGAGAAGUUGUGUAUAGUGGGUCUGCUUAGCUGAGUCCUGAAACAUGUCUUCUGCCCACGUCUUUGCCUGUUGGUCUUCUCGUUUGUGACCGUGCGCUCCCACGAUCACCAUGUUUGUCCCAUACACAACCUGCAGAGCUUUGUGACUCGCUAGUGGGAGGAAACACAACACUGUAAUAUCUUUGUCUCCUUCCCAGACCCCAACUCUUUUAUACUGUCUCUAUUGCGUCUUCAUAUGUUGCUAAUGGUUUUCAUAUUAUAAGCCUGAAAUAAAAAUCACCAAAGAACUGCAAUCACACGAAGUAAGCAUCUGGAUCGCGAGGAACGACAUAUUGAGAAGACUAGCUGGCCUCUCAUGGGGAGCAAACUUCAAAGUGCUACAGAUAACCUCAAUAGCACUCAUAUGCUCUGCAGCAGAAUACUGUGCACCAGGAUGGGCUAGAAGUGCCCACAUUAACAAAGUAGAUUGUGCUUUGAACACCACAAAGAAAAUCAUAUCUGGCUGCAUCCACUCCACACCAACAAAUUACCUGCCUAUUGUAAGCAGUAUACCUCCUCCUGAUAUCAGAAAAAAUGCACAAUGCAUAUCUCUAGCAAAACACUCCCUAAACGAUAAAAGCGCAUUGCUUAACAGUCACCUAACUGCUAUUACCUCUGGCCAAUAAAAGCAACUCUGCCUGAAAUCUCAAAGGCCAUUCCAUCGAUGCAUGGUGUAGCUUUUUGACAGCACCAAUAACAUAUCAGCGAAGGCCUGGGUCGAAGCUGAGUGGCAAAAGCAAUGGACAAAGACUGGAGACUCAUUUCUACACAGAUUUAUCGCAGUGCCAUUCUCUGAUCCGCCUGGAAGCCAGCUACACCGACACUGCUGGGAGCUCUUAAACCAAUUACGCACCGCGCAUGGCUGAUUCAGGGCACACACGGACGAAAUGGGACUAGCAGACAGUCCUGGAUGCCUGCAGAGAGCAGCAACAAACUGCAAAACAUUUGCUGGAUCACUGCCCCACAUACAAGCCCACACCAGUGGAUUUCACGAACAUCAAUGAUACAGACGUUAAACUUUGGCUACACAAAGCCAACUUUAUAGCUUAGCUUGCCCUAUGUUGCUAAACAUCUGUUUUUGAUCACAUGACAAAUAAAUAAAAUAAAUAAACAUCUGGAUGUGGUGCUCAGGUACCGGCAUCAUGCCGGGCAGGUCUAAACCACUAAGACAAGUAAUUAUUUGUGUGUAACGGGGGAGUCUGGUGGUGUAAAGGUCAGUACUGCUGCCUUUGGACCUCAAAGGUCACAGGUUUGAAUCCCACCUCUAGCUGUAGUAUCCUUGAGCAAGGUACUUACCCCAAACUGCUCUACUGAAAUAGAGUAGUGUUAGCUGUGUAAAACAGGUGAAUAUUUGUAAGCAUCUUAAUACUGUAAGUCAUUCUGGAGGAUGGUGUCAGAUAAAUGACAUAAUCUUACAUAAAGAAGGAAUUUCUUCUCUCCUUGCAGCUUCACUUGCUGGAAAAGAUCACAAAGGAUACUAAAAGUCAAUAAAACCUUGACAUCUUAAACUUCUGGUACUGUUUUAGGCUUCCGCCUGUCACAUAGCUCUACAGUCACAUGUCUUCUGUAGUGAAUGUGUCCAUUUUCUGCCUUUUACAGUCUCUUCACUCCCUCAACUGUACUACGUGAUGAUGUGGCUUCAUAUUUUCCAGUUUUUGCCUCCCCCAAUUGGUCCUUGUCAGGUUUUGGGAGGUCAGCCAGCUGUUGCGAUGUUCUUCACCUGGACUGCCCCAUGCGUUUUCUUGCUGCGACUGUGCAUCCUAACACAAGGGCAGCCAUUCGUCACCUCGCUAUCAGAAGGAAAACAAAUGAUCAGAUCACCCCUAAUAGAUUAUAGAAAUGAGGUCCUCGAUGCUGGAAGCAGCGUGGACAUGGCGUGCUACAAUAUUACACAAAGCAAACUGAUCUACACUCUGUGGAAGCUGCACAUGAGAGGACACACGUGUGACCUGCGCACUGACUACCUAACAGAAAAUUAUGAGAACAACUGCCAGGAUGGAAAAGUACUAAGAAGUGGAACGGGCAGAGAGUCCCAUUUACAUAUACCUCAGUUUACACUCACAGAUGAGGGAAUCUACCUUUGUGAGACUGCUUACUGGGGAGGGACUUACACAGCCGAAAUCACGGUAUCUGCAAGAGUCCGUCCUCAGAUAUCCAGCUGGCUGGAGGUAGAGCACGGCAGGAGAGUGGCUGUGUGUUCAGCCGUUGGGGGUAAACCAGUAGCCUCCAUCUCCUGGAGCACCAUGGGAAACUUCAGGGGGAACCAGAGCUCCAUACUCAACCCUGAUAGCACCUUUACUGUGGAUAGCCGGUUGGCCCUGCCGGAAAAUGUCUCCAGUGACAACCUGAACUGUAUUGUCACCCAUCCCUGCUUGGGAGAGGCACACAUAGAAAAGGUCUCACCUUCAGCUUUGAAAGAGGGUUUGGCACCAGUCAUUGCUGCACAGUACAGUGUCUUAUCCAUUGGUACUGUUAUUUUGCUCUGUGGAAUAUUGACUUCAUGCUGCAUCAUAAAGAAAUCUGUGGGGAAGUGGAGCCAAAGGACCAGAUUUUUUUACAUACCCCAAAUCAGCAGAACUCAGCAAAGCCAUCUGUCAUCAUACUAGUGUUGUGUAGAGUUGGUGAAGUAACUGAGGAAUGAAAACAGAGAGAAGAAAACAAUUAAAAAUGAUGGAUUACAUCUGAAGUUCCUCCAAAUGUCAAAUUGCACAAAUUAAACAAAUUACUUUAGAUGCCAAAUGUGAUAGAUGUAACCUUAAGGUCUCUCAUAGAGUGAAUCUCUGAGAUUUACCAUUUCUUUCAUAACAUGUGUCAUGCAUGAUUUUGGAUUCUGUGAUUUUUGGUUAAGAGCCAUCAAAUCAA